UCCAUCGGUGCGCCAAUUUUCGAAGGGAAUGGAGUAUUGUUGUUUAGUUUUUCACUGGUUGAGUUGAUGGUUUUUUUAAAAAUUAAUAAUAACUGAUAACAAUUAAACAAUAUUGUUGUGUGUGUGUGUGUAUUGUUUUUUAAUAAUUAAUUUAAUUUAGAAAUAAUUAACAUGGCUGAUAUGCAACAAAGUAGAUUUGAAAAAUCAUUGGGUUUGUUGACAACACGUUUUGUUAAUUUAUUACAAAAAGCAACUCAUGGUGUUUUAGAUCUUAAAGUAGCUGCAGAUUUGUUAGAGGUACGACAAAAACGUCGUAUUUAUGAUAUAACAAAUGUCCUUGAAGGAAUUGGUUUAAUUGAAAAAAAAAGUAAAAAUAGUAUACAAUGGAAAGGUUCAUCUGGACCAGGUGUAAAUUCUCAAGAUGUUGGUGAUAAAUUAGUAAUAUUAAAAGAUGAUAUACGUGUACUUGAAGAACAUGAAAAAUUAGUAGAUACACAUAUUAAAUGGAUGCAACAAAGUAUUAAAAAUAUUGAAGCUGAUUGUAAUAAUAAAAAAAUGUCGUAUUUAACAUAUGAAGAUAUUAAAACACAAUUUAAUGAUGAAUUUGUACUUGGUAUUAAAGCACCAACAGACACAAUGUUAACAGUACCAAAUUUAAAUAAAAUUUAUAAAGAUAAUGAUGAUGAUAUCAAUUAUGAAAUGUUAAUUAAAAGUAAUACUGGACAAAUUAAAGUUUACAUGGUACAGCCAAUAUUAGCUGAUGAAUAUGAUGAUAAAAUGGCAAAAAUAAGACUUGAUAAUGAUAGUAGAGGAACCAAAAGAAUAUUGGAUGAUGAAGAAAAUGAUCAAGUUAAACCAAAGAGAAAAAUAUCAAGGUCUUCUAGAAGUACGUCAAAAGCUGAGGCAGCAGCUGAUGAUGAAGAAGAUGAUGAUAAUGAAAAUGAUGAUUUAUUAGAAGCUCAAUUGAUCCUUGGUGAUACAGAUGUUGUGAGGUCUGAUUCAAAUUCAGUUGAAGAUAAUUAUCUUGAAUUCGUUGGACCAUUGAUUAGUCUAAGUCCUCCACCAUGUGAAACUGAUUAUCCUUUUCAUCUUGGUGAAAAUGAAGGAUUACUUGAUAUGUUUGACAUUACGGCAAAUUAGAAUUAAAAAAAAAUCAUGAAAAGACUAUUGUUAAAAGUAAAUCAACAAAUAAAAAAUUAAUUAAUGUUAAUUUAAAAAUAGUCUUAGUGUUAUAAUAAUUAUAAUUUUUUUUUUUUCAUUUUUUUGUCGACAAAUGAUUAUUUAAAAAAAAAACAUUAUUAUUUAAAAAAAAAAAAAAAUUAUAUUUAAUCAAAAUAAUUAAUUACUCAUGGAUAUUUUGAAGAUAAUUAUUUUCAUUAAAUUAAAAUUAUAAAACUAAAGAAAAAUUAAGCAAAUGUAAAAAUAUUUUUAUCAAAAAAUUGUUGAGGAAUAGAAUUUUUUUUUUCUUUUUUUUUUAUGCUAAUUUUUCAGUGAUAAAACUUUUUAUAAGUGUAUUUAUUAAGAAAGUCAGUGUUUUUUGUUCAUUUAAAAACUGAUUAUCAUAGAUUGUCGAGUACCUGUCUAUAUGUAUUUUUUUAUUAUUUACACGUAUUGAUUUCUUGUCGAAUGAUAAUCAGUUUUUUCUUUUCUUUUUUUUUCAAAAAUAACUCAUAUAGUUAAAUUAAUAUUUUUCCAAUUCGUUUAUUCAUUUGUUGAUGUGUAUAAUUGUUGCCAAAUACUGGUAUUCCCAUGUGAAAAAAAAAAAAAAAACAAAAUCAAUGUAAUAAAUGUUUUUUAUAAUAAUAUUUUCUGCCUGGCCUAGAAAAAGAUUUUUUUUUAACAACAAUUGUUAAAUGAAUUGAAUGUUAUUAUUAAUAUUAAAAAUACUGUAUGUUAAUUUAAAAAAAUCUCAACAAUUUUGUAAAUAAAUAAUAUAAAUAUGAAAAAUUAA